CAAUGAAAAGCUCUAUGGAACAUUUCGAUGCUCUUGAUGAAUUGGCUGAUUUUCCAGAAGAAUUGAAUGUCAAAGCUAUUCUAGAGAAGGUUAAGGCAUUUUUAGUUGUAAAACAGCUAAAAGAAGAUAGUUCGCCAAAUUUGGUCAUACCAAAUCUAUAUAUAGGGUGUUUAGGAACAGUAUUGAAUAAAAAAAAACUCUAUGAAUGUAUUUAAAAUGUAUAAAUUACAGCUUAAAUAACACAUAUUCUAAGUGUGUGUGAGAUGCCAAUAUUUCCAUAUUAAACAACAGAAUUUAAAUCUCUUCUCAUUAAUAUCAAUGAUAGUGUAGAUCAGGAAAUUAAGUCAAAAUUUGAAAUGGCUAAUGAUUUCAUUCAUUCUGCUAUCCAAAAAAAUUAAAAUGUACUAAUUCAUUGGUAAUUUUACAUAUUAAUUUAAAGUUUUGCUGGUAAAUCUAGGUCUGCUUCAUUUGUUAUUGCUUAUUUAAUAAAAUAUCAAUAAAUGACACCACUUUAAGCUCUCAAACUACUUUAAUCAAAGCGAAGAAUUGCCUAACCUAAUAUGGGCUUCAUGAAAUAACUUGAUGCUUAUCAUAAGGAACUCUAUAGAUAGCCACAGAUACAAAAGGAAUAAAAAUAGGUAGAAGCAUCUCCUGUCGAAAAAAAAGUGAAAUUAAAUCAAUAAGAAGAAGAUUUUUAGUAAUAAGGUGAUCAAUAACUACUAAAUUCAUGA